AGGUGCUUGGGAGGGUCGUGCUGGUGGGGGGGGCUUGGUUCUGCUCCUCCCGGCCGCCUGUCAGCGUGUCUCUCCCCCAGGGCCCCCACCAGCCCGGGCAGCCUGGGUUCAAAUUCACGGUGGCCGAAUCCUGCGACCGGAUUAAGGACGAGUUCCAGUUCCUGCAGGCCCAGUACCACAGUCUGAAAGUGGAGUAUGAUAAGCUUGCAAAUGAAAAGACAGAAAUGCAGCGUCAUUAUGUCAUGUACUAUGAAAUGUCUUAUGGGUUGAACAUUGAAAUGCACAAGCAGACAGAGAUUGCUAAAAGACUGAACACGAUCCUCGCCCAGAUCAUGCCUUUUCUGUCACAAGAGCACCAGCAGCAAGUAGCUCAGGCUGUUGAGCGGGCCAAGCAGGUGACAAUGACGGAGCUGAACGCCAUCAUUGGGCAGCAGCUCCAGGCCCAGCACCUCUCCCACGCCCCUCACGGGCCCCAGGUACAGCUGCCGCCUCACCCGUCAGGCCUCCCGCCCCCGGGGAUCCCACCCGUCACAGGGAGCAGUUCGGGGCUCUUGGCACUUGGGGCCCUCGGCAGCCAAGCACACUUGGCUGUGAAAGACGAGAAGCAUCAGCACGACCUGGACCCUCGAGACCGUGACUCCAGUGCGAACACUUCCAUCUCCCCAUCCGAGAGCCUGCGAACCAGCGAGAAGCACCGGAGCUCCUCAGACUAUGCUGGCAUCGAGCCCAAGAAACGGAAGGCGGAGGAGAAGGAGAGCUUGGGCCGCUAUGAUAGCGAUGGUGACAAGAGCGACGACCUGGUGGUCGAUGUCUCCAAUGAGGAUCCAGCAACCCCUCGGGUGAGCCCUGCCCACUCACCUCCGGAAAACGGGCUGGAUAAAGCCCGUGGGCUGAAAAAGGAUGGCCCAAAUAGCCCUGCGUCCAUUGCCUCCUCCAGCAGCACUCCCUCUUCCAAGACUAAAGACCUCGGCCAUAAUGAUAAAUCCUCUACCCCUGGUUUAAAAUCCAACACUCCUACACCAAGGAGCGAUGUACCAACACCUGGGACAAGUGCCACUCCGGGCCUCCGACCGGUGCCAGGCAAGCCACCUGGAGUGGAUCCCUUGGCAUCUGCCUUAAGGACCCCCAUCUCCCUCGCGGGCUCUUAUGCUGCCCCCUUUGCUAUGAUGGGGCAUCACGAGAUGAAUGGCUCCCUUGCCAGCCCUGGGGCCUAUGCAGGACUGCACAACAUCCCCCCGCAGAUGACGGCAGCUGCUGCCGCCGCCGCCGCCGCUGCCUACGGCCGGUCACCCAUGGUUGGAUUUGACCCCCAUCCACCAAUGAGGGCUCCUGUCCUGCCCUCCAGCCUGGCAUCCAUUCCUGGCGGCAAACCCGCUUACUCGUUCCACGUGAGUGCGGAUGGGCAGAUGCAGCCAGUCCCGUUUCCCCAUGACGCCCUGGGUGGCCCUGGCAUCCCCCGGCAUGCCCGUCAGAUCAACACCUUGAGCCAUGGCGAAGUGGUGUGUGCCGUGACUAUCAGCAACCCAACCAGGCAUGUGUACACGGGGGGAAAGGGCUGCGUGAAGAUUUGGGAUAUCAGCCAGCCGGGCACCAAGAGCCCCAUCUCCCAGCUAGAUUGCUUGAACAGGGACAACUACAUCCGUUCUUGCAAACUCCUUCCAGAUGGGCGCACACUUAUUGUGGGGGGAGAGGCCAGCACCCUCACCAUCUGGGACCUGGCUUCUCCUACCCCCAGAAUCAAGGCAGAACUGACCUCCUCUGCCCCUGCCUGCUAUGCCUUGGCCAUCAGCCCAGAUGCCAAAGUGUGCUUCUCCUGCUGCAGCGACGGAAACAUUGCCGUCUGGGACCUCCACAACCAAACAUUGGUCAGGCAAUUCCAAGGUCACACGGACGGUGCUAGCUGCAUUGACAUCUCCCAUGACGGCACCAAACUCUGGACAGGUGGCUUGGACAAUACAGUGCGCUCCUGGGACCUUCGGGAAGGCAGGCAGCUACAGCAACAUGACUUCACCUCCCAGAUCUUCUCGCUCGGCUACUGCCCAACAGGCGAGUGGCUUGCGGUGGGGUUGGAGAGCAGCAACGUGGAAGUGCUGCAUCACACCAAACCUGACAAAUAUCAGCUCCACCUCCACGAGAGCUGUGUCCUCUCCCUGAAGUUUGCCUAUUGUGGAAAGUGGUUUGUGAGCACUGGUAAGGACAACCUCCUCAAUGCCUGGAGGACUCCAUACGGGGCCAGCAUCUUCCAGUCAAAAGAAUCUUCCUCCGUUUUAAGCUGCGAUAUUUCGGCAGAUGACAAAUACAUUGUCACAGGUUCGGGUGACAAAAAGGCCACAGUUUACGAAGUGAUCUACUGAUCUCCAGCUCCGGUGACUUGGCUAGGAACUCUGGCAGAAGAACGUGAAAUGGAGAGCAGCCGAAGGUCCUCUUGUUGCCCUCUGAAAGGUUUCUGUGGCCUGGGUGGAUCUUCUGUGGAAUAACUCUGGAAGGGACUUGGAAGUUCAGUCCAGUCGAUCGAUGGCCGUGCGUCGUCCUGGCUGGAUUGUGCUUUCCUCUUGGCUCUUGGUUCUCACGCCUGUGAUCAGGAGGCAGCUAACAUCCUGGAUUUGCAUUCAGGAGGGGCCCAUGGUUCUCACUUCCCCAUCAGACUUGUAGGAACUGUAGAUAACAGAGGAGCUUCGUGCUGAGGCUUCGUGGGUCUGCUGUGCCAGCAGUGUGUCCUCCUCCUCCUCCUCC